UUGUCCGCGAUUUCACAUAUCAAUCUGAAGUAGUUGAAGUGUAAGGUCCCGUCUGCACGGGCAGCAGGCUACGCACACCCAAUCUGCAGUUGUAUUCAAGCCAAAAUACCUAUUUAGUAAGAGGAUGCAUCCAAUAGUACGAUUUUCUAAAAGGCGGAAAUUAUUACUACCUGCUUGAUUCCACGCUCUUUUCCUGAUUCUGUAUUACCGGUAUUCCGUCUCCACUGCAUUGCAUACCUUAGACAUCAUAUAUCUAUUGAAGGCAUGGCUCAAGCCGAGAAGAGAGAUACGCUAUACGAGUAUCCUUAUAAUCCAGAAGACUAUGAUUACCAUUAUUAUUUAGAUAUCCCCUACGGAUAUGAUGUGGAAACUUCAACCUACAAUUCAGCAUUAGAAACAGCCCGGGAUUUUACCUCAUCAAUUUACGAAGAUUCUUACGAAGGAAAGAUGGAGAGAAAAGAUAGUUUGGAGUUGAAAACUUUGAAUUCAGGUUCUACAUAUACCGAAACAGAACCAUCAAUGCAAGAGGCUCCGUCAAUCGCAAGGCAACUGAGUACGAAGAGCACGAAGAGCACGAAGAGCUUUAAACACACGCAGGGUUUGUUUAAAAUGAUGUCGAUUAGGAAUUUAAGACGUUCUCCUCCUCCUGAGGAGAUAUCCUUGGAUGAUCCUGUAGAAACGCCUGCUGCACCUUCAUCAUCCUCGACGAUGACUCCAGUGGAAUCCAAAGAGACUGAAGAACCACCGAGACCUAAGGGGCCAGGAGGACCACCAAAGGAAAUAUUCCCAGAGAUGGAUAUGAAGAAGAACUUGGUGGGAUGGACGGGGCAAGAUGAUCCAGCACAUCCGAGGUAUGUGUAUUUAAGGAGUGGUGGCCACGGUUUAUACUGACCUCGACAAGGAAUCUUCCAGACAAGAAGAAAUGGUUGAUGCUGGCUUCGGUCAGUCUGAUUACAUUCUUGAGGUAUGUUUGAUAAUCCUACCUCAUUUCGCAGCCAUAGCUAAAAUUUUACAGUCCUUUAUCUUCAUCAAUUGUCGCACCUGGAAUAACUCUCAUGAAUAAAGAAUUUGGCACCACUUCCGAUAUCUUGGACACAUUUGUUGUCAGCAUGUUUAUUUUUGGAUUCGCAGCUGGGCCACUAAUUUUGUCGCCACUAAGUGAAAUCUACGGACGUCAGCCAAUUUUGAUGUAUUGCAAUUUUCUUUUAACGAUAUGGUAAGUUUACUCUUAGUAACUCACUUUACAUCCGAUUAAAACACUACUCAUACAUUUUCAUCACAGGCAACUCGGAUGUGCACUCGCGCCAAACAUCCACGUCCUAAUUCUCUUCCGCUUCUUCGCCGGCCUGGGAGGGUCCGCAUGUCUCGCUAUUGGCGGUGGUGUCGUCGCAGAUUUAUUCCCCAUUCAACAACGUGGGAAAGCCCAAGCCAUGUUCGUGAUGGGACCACUCUUCGGGCCCGUCCUCGGUCCCGUAAUCGGAGGAUUCAUCGCCCAGCGCGCCGGAUGGCGCUGGGUAUACUGGGUACUUUUAGUUGCCUGCGCCGCUCUCUCAAUCUUUUACGUGAUCGUCGGAAAAGAAACAUCAGCCUCCGUCCUCAUUCGUCGCAAAACCAUUGCUCUUCGCAAGGAAACAGGAAAUCCGGAUCUUCUCUCCGCAUAUGAUGCUAAGAAACCAGCUGCAGCGUUGAAAUUCAAAGCAGUGCUUUUAACGGGCAUAGCCAGGCCCUUCCGCAUGAUGUUUUCCUCUCCUAUACUCCCUCUUCUAGCUCUCUGGAUGUCCUUCAUCUUCGGACUCAUCUACCUUCUCCUCACAUCCAUCGCUCAGGUCUUCGAAGAGAUCUACGGAUUCUCCAUCGAAAUUGCCUCGCUAGCAUAUCUAGGGCUCGGUUUUGGUUUCUUCCUCGGCAUGUUCACCGUUGCCAAAACUUCAGACCCUACAAUCAUUGCAUUAACCAAGAAAAAUAACGGUGUAUACCAACCCGAGUUUCGUCUCCGUAACGGUCUCUUCUUCGCUUUCUUCAUCCCUGGUUCCUUCUUCUGGUAUGGUUGGACCUCCUAUUACCGCGUUCACUGGAUCGUCCCAAUCCUUGGACUAAUACCUUUUGGUUUCGGAACAAUGGGCGUAUUUGCUGGUAUCCAAACAUAUUAUAUCGAUACAGGCAAACAAUAUGCAGCAUCCGCAAUGGCUGGGCUCACAGCCAUUCGAUGCGUCUUUGCGGCCUUUUUACCGUUAGCUGGUAAACCGUUGUAUAAUAAUCUGGGGUUGGGAUGGGGAAAUAGUGUUUUGGGAUUUAUUGGAUUGAGUUUAAUUCCAGCGCCAUUCUUUAUUUAUAAAUAUGGCGGGCUUCUGAGGGAGAGGUAUCCGGUUAGAGUUGAUUAGAUGCGUUCUGGGAAUGGGAUGGCAGAUAUGUCUCGCAUGACUAUUGUAUUUCUUUGGUUUGUCGGAUUUUUGAUUAAGAGCGUGUAUGCUGCGGUAAUGCUGCAUUGUAAUGGAAAGCGGAAAAGCUAUAUAUGAACAAUGGUGACAUAGUACGAAUACCCUCCUUUGAAGUUUGUCGUUUAUAAUUUUCUAGUUUGGGUUUGGAGUUGAGGAGCUUGGAGAAGUAUUGCAUAUAGCUCAAAUGGAACACCUUUUAGAGAUAUCUUAUACCUUUAUCUUCCAUCUAGAUAUUUUGUUGCGAUUGGGAUGUAAAAGAAUCGCGGGGUGUAUGUAUUGGUAAAAUGUUGAGAUGAGAG